AUGGGAUAAAGUAUAUCCAAUAGUAUGAAAGAAAACUAAAAAGAAAUGUAAAAAGAAAUGCAAAAAAAACAAUUAGAAUUAAUGCUUAAACAGAGAUAAGCUUAAUUAGCUAUUUAAUUUGCAUCAGGCAAAGAGCUUUUCCAUUGGUAUGCAUCAUUUUAUUCUUUCAUUUUUCCUAUUUGUGUAAUUGGAGCUAUAAAAAAGAAAGUAAACUUUUAAAUCAUUUUUAGAAUCCUUUACCAAUUCUAGUAUUAAUUCCUUUAGGAUUUAUUUGUGCAUAUUAAUAUGAUAUGUUUUAUGGGUAGAUAUCUAACUUAAAUUAGUGAUAAAAUGAAGAGAAUCAAAAUAGAAGCAGAAAGAUUAAUAGAACUAGAAUCAAAAUUAUUUUACUUUCCUAAAAAUGCUAAUAUUGUAUCACAAGAAGAGUAUGAAACAAUUCUGUAAAUUAAAAAGAAGGUUAAUUGA